AGUGCAACUGAGACCACUAAAAAAAGUCUGAUCUUGGUGAUUAAUGCAAUCCUUCCUCUUGUAAAAUUGAAUAAGGAAGUUUAGUGAAGAGUUUCUUCACUGUGUCAAAAUGACCGAGCCUGACGUUCUCUACACGGACUUGGCUUUUGUCAAAUCACGGGGAAAUGCUGGAAAGGAUGCAGCUUCAACAGAGCCCGAAACAAACUACGCCUCACUCAAAGUGGUUAAAGUGCAGUCACAGCCACCGGACCCAAACGGUGCCAAGUUGACGUGGUCAAAGUUCACAACCGAAAGAAAGGCCUUGGUGGCUUUUGGCGUUCUUCUGAUCUCAGCGCUUGUAGCCCUUUGUUGGGUCGCGUACCAAAACGUUCAGCUCAAGAAGAACCACCAACAGCUGUUGUCUGAUCACGAUGAGUUGAAAAACAGUUGGCCUGCCACCCAGGAGAGUAUCUGCAGGAGAUGUGAGACUAACUGGGAACUCGAAGGAGAAAGCUGCUACUAUUUCUCAGAAAUCUAUUUAACUUGGGAGAGCAGCCGAAGAUUUUGCCAGCGUGAAACCGCUGACCUGGUGAAGAUUGACACUUACAACGAGCAGAGGUUUUUGCAACUGAGACUGAAGGACAUAAUGUCCUCUCCAGAGGAUAAGUUCUGGAUCGGCCUGUCAGACUCCCAGCAGGAGGGUCAAUGGCUGUGGGUGGACGGGUCCCGUCUGGAUUCAAGCUUCAAAUUCUGGGGCCGGAAUCAGCCUGACAAUUAUCAGCCCGAUAAAGGCGGCGAGGACUGCGUCCGCAUAGGUGCCAAGUUGGCGAGGUCAAAGUUCACAACCGAAAGAAAGGCCUUAGUGGUUUUUGGCAUUCUUCUGAUCUCAGCGCUUGUAGCCCUUCGUUGGCUCGCGCACCAAAUUGUUCAGCUCAAGAGGAACCACCAACAGCUGUUGUCUGAUAACGAAGAGUUGAAAAACAGUUGGCCUGCCACACAAGAGAGUAUCCGCUGGAGGAUUACCUGGGAACUCGAAGGAGAAAGCUGCUACUAUUUCUCAGAAUCCUUUUUAACUUGGGAGCGCAGCCGAGAAUUUUGCCAGCAUCAAACCGCUGACCUGGUGAAGAUUGACACUCUGAAGGAGCAGAGAUUUUUGCAACUGAGACUGAAAGACAUCAUGUCCUCCCCAUGGGAUAAGUUCUGGAUCGGCCUGACAGACUCCCAGCAGGAGGAUCAAUGGCUGUGGGUGGACGGGUCCCGUCUGGAUUCAAGCUUCAAAUUCUGGGCCCGGGGUGAGCCUAACAAUUAUCAGCCCGAGGAAGGCGGCGAGGACUGCGUGCGCAUCGGUGAGAAGGACAGCUCUACAAACGUCCAAAACUGGUUCGACAAAGUCUGUGCGGUUCCGCACAGGUGGAUCUGCGAGAAGGCAGCGCAGAAAGGAUUGCCACGUUGCGUUCUCUGAAUUUGUCCUCACAUAAAGACAGAAAGAUGAGCAUUCACAGGCAGAAUUGGACUUCUAUCAUUGUCAAAUGUAGCGAAUGUACCAUACAGAAAUGAAGUUUCAAGAAGUCAGCAAACUCCUCCUCCCUCCGUUUUGUCACCAAGCACUUUCUGCAAAGUCAGUUAAUUUCAUACUGAGCUCAGGAAAGCAUAAUACACAAUAUACAAGACGAGAUGCAAAUAUUAUAACAUCAGGUAUUUAUCAAACUGCACGAUAUUGCUCUCUCAGCUGACUGCCGGAAGUAUGCUAUAAUUCUUUAAAAAUUAGGCAUUUUUCUGUCAUUUUGUCAUCACGGCAUUAUAUACAGUGAUUCAUCAUAUUUCUGAAAUAAAGUGGAAAAACAGCUAUCACUUCUAAUUCAAUUCAAUUCAAUUUUAUUUGUAUAGCCCUCAAUCACAACAGAGGUCUCAAAGGACUUUACAGAGGCAAUAUGAUACACGAUUAGAAAUGAAGCAACAAAGAUGAAUAGAUACAGUUCAAGUCCUGGGUAUCCCCUAUCCUUAAGACCCUCCAUGCCGGCAAGGAAAAACUCCAAAAACUCCAGAGUCAAUUGGGAGAAAAAUGAGAAACCUUGGGGAGUACCACAGUCAGGAGAGAUCCACUCCCAGGACGGAUAGACAGGAACCCCAGAACGGCUAAUGGGAAUUAGCAAGCAAAAUUAUAGUCCGUAAAAAUACAGUGGAGUAAAGGAGCAUGAAGAGGUCCCUCUAGUCAGGUGAGACGGGGGUAGCAGCGAGGACGUCUAUCCAGCCAGGGGUCCGGACAGUCAGGAGGCUGCAGCUGAAAAAUAGCCCCUCCCCAGAGGGGAGGGGGGAAAGGGGACACCGGGUGACUAGUGAUGAAGAGACUAGACAACUAGAUAUUAACAUUGGAAAAUAGAAAUAAAGUAAGACAAGUGGUAGGUAGAGUAAGAAAAGGAGAUAGAACUCAGCGGCUGUACUGCCCCCAGCAUUAUAGCUUCUAGUGCAGCUUAGACUAAACAGUGAGUCUACUCCGACUUCAACUAGCCUAACCAUAAGCUUUGUCGAAUAGGAACGUUUUUAAUCUAAUCUUAAAUGUGCAGACUGUCUCAGCUUCUUUAAUACUAGCUGGAAGCUGAUUCCAUAAAACAGGGGCUUGGUGGCUAAAGGCUCUAGCUCCGACAGUACUUUUAUAAACCCUGGGAACUACCAGUAGACCUGCAUUCUGAGAUCAGAGUGUUCUGUUGGGGCGGUAUGGAACCAGAGCAUCGGUGAGAUAAGAUGGCCCCAACCCAUUAAUGGUCUUAAAUGUAAGAAGGAGUAUUUUAAAUUUAAUUCUAAACUCGACUGGAAGCCAGUGAAGUGCCUGGAGCACAGGGGUGAUGUGCUCUCUUCUAUUGGUUCCUGUUAAAAGUCUUGCUGCUGCGUUUUGGACUAGCUGAAGACCUUUUAGAGAGCUUUUAGGACAAGCUGCAAGUAGGGAGUUACAGUAAUCCA